UUUCCAAUCCGUAGGCACAGCCCACAGGAAAGAAAUAAUUGAUGUAACGCCUUCUCUCUCGUCUCGUCGCUUCUCCCUCAAGAUUUCCGUUCGUGCAAUCCCUCAACCUCGAACUGUUCUUCAAUUCCCUCAAAUCCGGUCGGUAGACGCGAACCUACGAGAGAAAUGGCAGGGAAGAUGAGGAGAAGCGAGGCGGGAAGUAGCAGUGGUAGCAGCAGCAGCGGCAGCGGCAGCAGCCGGGGAGAGACGGUGGUCGUUGAUUGUGGCCGGUGUAAAAGCUCUUGCGGUUACUGCAAAUCUCCCGGUCGCACCAGCAUUAGCCAUGGUCUAUGGGCACACAGCAUUACAGUUGAUGAUUAUCAAGAUCUUCUUGACCAGGGCUGGAGAAGAUCCGGAUGUUUCCUGUACAAACCUGAGAUGGAAAGAACAUGCUGCCCAUCAUAUACUAUCCGUUUGAGGGCAAGUGACUUUGUUCCUUCAAAAGAGCAACAACGUGUCUCUAGAAGAGUGCAAAGGUUCUUAGAUGGAAUGCUGGAUGUGAAAAACCCAGUAGAGGCAACAGAUGAUCCAACUAUCUCUAUCAAUACAUGCACAUGUGCCUGUCAUGAAGCGUCAAGCAGUGGAAUGAAGGAUUCACUCUCUGAUCAAAGUGAGGAGAAAAGAAGUUCAGAGCAGAUUGUCAGCUAUUUGUCGGAGCAACUUGACAAGGCAGUGAAUAAGUGCACUGAACAUGGAGGACUUCCUUCUGGCAUCAAACUACCUAAAGCUUCUGUCAAAAAGGUAUCCCAGGGGAAAAGGAAACUACUUGUAGAAGGGGGGAAAGAUCUACUGUACUCGAGCAACAUUGCAUUCCAGAUAGCAGCGACUCUCAAUCGAGCUAAGUCAGCUAAUAAGGAACCAAGUCCUAAUCUUGAAAAUAAUGCCAUAACUGCCAAGGCAAUUGCAGAAACGCUGGUUGCAUCUGUUGAUCAGCUUGCUCAAAGCAGCAGCAGUCUGGCAGUCAGGGCUUGCAAUGGCCAUAUAAAUUUUUAUGGUGCUGCAACACAAUCUCCUACUGAGAGCAGUGAAACUCUCAGUGGGCCUGAAGAAUCUGCAAGAGGGUGUAAAAGAAAAAGUUGCUGUUCAAGGAAGAAUAGUGAACAUUUGCUUGGUAAAAGAAGGAGGCUUGAGGUUCGGUUGAAAAGAUCUAGUUUUGAUCCUGAAGAGUUUGAUUUGUAUAGACGGUAUCAAAUAAACGUGCAUAAUGAUGCACCUGAUCAUGUCACAGAAAGCUCAUACAGGAGGUUUCUCGUCGACUCUCCUCUAGUAUUUGUUCCACCGUCGGGUGACAGCCUCGUUCCUCCUUGUGGGUUUGGUUCUUUCCAUCAGCAAUAUGUAAUCGAUGGUCACCUAAUUGCUGUGGGAGUGAUAGACAUCUUGCCAAAAUGUUUGUCAAGUAAAUAUUUGUUCUGGGAUCCGGACUAUGCCUUCCUGUCUGUAGGCAAGUAUUCUGCCUUGCAAGAAAUCAAUUGGGUGAAAGAGAAUCAAGUACAUUGCCCUAGUCUUCAGCACUAUUAUCUCGGGUAUUAUAUACACUCCUGCAGUAAGAUGAGAUACAAAGCUGCAUAUCGCCCGUCUGAAUUGCUCUGUCCUCUUCGUUACCAAUGGGUUCCAAUUGAUGUGGCAAGUCCUUUGCUUGACAAAAAGCCAUAUGUCGUUCUAUCAGAUUUUGCCCUCUUGCAGAACGGAGAGUCCUUGCUGCCUCAUGUUCCCGAAAAAAUAACGGAUGAGCAGCAACAUGACGAUAAUGUACAUGGAGACUUGAAUGAUAUUCUUGUAGACGACAACGAAGAAAUGGUCGAACCCGAAACUGAGACCUCUGAUGACGAGUCAGGUCCUGAAACCAGUGGGCAUGGAUCAGUUGAGAUAGAGAAUGGUGAUGUUAGUGAGAUUUUAAUCGGAUUGAAGGGUGCUCGUGUAAGGUACCAGGUAAGUCCCAGGCUUGUGUCAUCCAUUGAUAUCUCCGGAAUAUUGCUAUUUGUGCGUAUAGCUAUUCUCUAUAUAAAUAUAAGUUGCAGAAUGAUGAAUUGUAGAGUCACUCAUAGUCCACUCAUAGCGACACAUCAUAAGUCGAGAAAGUGAAUCAUAGUUUGAAAGAAACCUAGGACGAAAGUUGAACUUAAUUCCUCAACUUGAGGCAUGGGCUCGUGCACACACACACACAGGCGCAUAUAUUAAUGUCAUACAAUUGAGAUUUCGACACUAACCCUGCUAGUUACUUUCCUUUGAAGGAUUUGCGAGCAGCUUUCGGAGUAAAAGAACAGAAGUACUUGGAAUCCCAGCUGCACAGAUACAAGAGGUCUGUGGGCGCAGAGCUGUCGAAGAGAAUAGUAUAUUCACUUGGAUGAUGUCCCUACUGCCAAACUCCAGCGAGCCUCUCGCCCUCAAAACCGAGUCGCUGAAACAACCCCAUGACUUGAUCGUGCCUCUGGUUUUUCUUUCAUGUGGGCAGUGUUGUUCCAGCAAUUGCUGAUAGCUUAGUUCCCCCCAGCCGCAAGGACCAUGUGGUUGGGUAGAUGACAAAGAUGUCAUAUCGAUCUGUUUGUCUUCUGCUGCCUUCUUGGUGAUGAUGCACUUUCCGGUUUCGAAUCACAGCGACCCGAAUCUUCUCCUUUCUUCUCCCAUUGCAGUUUUCUUGCUCUGCAUCUUGUGCACUAAGAUGAACAUCGGAACAUGUUUUCAAUAAAUAGAGAAGAACUCACAUGCUGAUCAGCAGCCUUUCUUUCUGUGUGGUUUUCUGAGUCCAGCUCGUUUCAGCAUGAAAUUUGGCUUCCUACAAUCUCUGUGUUUAUGUUGCUCGUGCAGAAUGUCGUCACACGGUUCUAGAAUCAAAUAGAGAUAUGAUCAAACCAAAAAACAAACACAUUUAGUUGGGAUGAUUUUCUCUUUCAGAUAUCAAUUUGCAUUUUAGUGUUUUACUCUGCCACCUUCUGGCAAUGUGGUUGAGCAGAGAUGGGAGACAUUUGGAUUUUGGACUGUGGUCGGACUCUUUUGUCAAAAUGGUCGGCGCCGGUCUUUAAUCGGAUAAUAAUAAUAAUAACUGUUUGG